AUGAUACCCUUGGAGAAUGUAUUUGAAGUAAGAGGCUUGACACACCCUCCACUCACACGUAAAGAUGAUGUUUCUCACCUAAACCUGUUCGGUGGCAAUCAUAAUCCAAUGGAGCUGGUAACCUUCAAUGAAUUACCGAAUAUUUUAUCUAUAAAGAAUAUGUCCUCUAAUUGGCUUGUCAUUACCGACCUACAUCUGGACAAUUCAGAUAAUAUUAAACAAAUUGAACGACUUUUCAAUUCGUUGAUGGAUAAUUAUUCAAAGCAACAGUUACCAGCCGGCUUCAUAUUUAUGGGAAACUUCAACUCAUCUGAGUAUAACUUCGAUCACUAUCGCAACUGGACAGACACUUUUGAACUUAAGUCAAAUACAAACUCGUACGAAUCGUACUCAUCAGGAUUCGAGGCACUUUUCAAAGUACUCACUAAACCCAAAUUCAUAAUGAUCUUGGCAAGCUGUUACAUGGUUUUCGUUCCGGGGCCUAAGGACGCUACUUUGUGUAGACAACGAGUUCCAAGAAAUCCACUCUUAAGUUUUGCUACCAACCGUUUCAAAGAGAGGUUGGAAAGUUCUAGGCCUGAGUGUAAAGGACGUGUUAUAAUGGCCACUAACCCGUGUAGAAUAAGGCAUUGGGGCAGAAGGAUGAUCUUUUUCAGGCAUGAUAUCCUGAGUCAUCUUCUCCUCGACUCAAUUAUUACGACUUCAAAUUAUUCAGCCAACAGUAAAGACCUCUCAGAUAUGUUGGUUGAGACAAUAGUUGGUCAGAGUCAUUUAUUGCCUAAUAAGCCUGGUCUAUCAACUGUACUAAGUCAUGAUUCAAGUUUACUCCUACACCCUUUACCUGAUCUGAUAUGUUUGGGUGAUUCUAGUUCGGAUUCUUUUGUUAAAACUCAUGGACUUAGCCGUAAAUGUACAAUAGUAAACUGUGGUACCAAUAUCGACGGUGUUAAAGACGUUAUUUCAUACGAUUCAACCUCCAAUACAAUUAAUGUCGUUACAAUAUAUUAA